AUGGGUAACCAUGGUUGUGCUGCUGGAAGCAGUCACAGAACUGUUAACAUGAAAUGUUCCGAACACAAGCUUCCCUUACUUUGCGGUCUUCCUUUCCUGGAGAGAAGAGCAUCCCAAACUGCACACUUAGUUGCCGGGAGAUCUGGGAAGCAUCUCUUCCUCAUGGACAGUGAUGGUGGAAAACCUCCUCUGCUCCUGCGGAUGGUUGAUGACUCAGACGAUUUAAAAUUUAUGUCAGCUUUGCAUGCAUUCAAGCGUCGGGUGGCAUAUGCAAAUGCGAAUUAUGAUCAGAUGGUUGGAUGGCGUACCUCCUCGAUUCGCCGUCAACACGAACUUCCAAAGUCAAAUCUUAUUGUAAAUGAUGAUAAAUACCCACACAUUGUUUAUGUUGAAGGAGAUAACACUAACGGCAUUUACAAUACAGAGUCUUCAAAUGUUGGAGGCCAAACAGCUGAUUUAGAAGAGAAGAUGAUAAGGGGUCUGACUAAGGUAUCUUGGGAGCGUGUGGAUGUUAGCUUUGAGACAAGUAAACAGCGAUAUGUUGCUCACAGUACAAUUCAGGUGAAAACGUACUGGCUGAAUUCAGAUGGUGCUGAUGUGGUUUACCAUAUGAUAGACAACUUCCAUCUUUGA